CAGUAGGCUAGGAGACGUGUCAUUCCCUCACCUGACUUCAACGGGGAAAACGAGCAUAGAAGUGCUAUAAAAAUACUGUAUCUAACAUCAAGCAAGCAACGAUGGGAUUGUUGUUCUGCCCGAGCCUUGCUCUCACCAUGAUGACGUGCGUCUUUCUCAUUCAAAAGCAGCUGAGUCAAACUUGCGAAUGCGAGCCUGACAGUUGCUAUAAUAAUGGGACUUGCGAAGAAAAAGCUGAUGAUCCGUCUGGCUUCCAGUGCAGUUGUCCCAGUGACUUUUUCGGAGAAAGAUGCGAAUUGAGUGAGUGUCAGUUAAAUAACUGCUGGAAUGGUGCAACGUGUGUAUUGAAUACUACAAAUUCGGUUUCGUCGUGCAUUUGUCCCAAGGGUUAUCACGGAACAUGGUGUAAAAAAGCAAAAUGUGGGGAAAACGCCACAUGCUAUGACACAUUCCGAUUUAAGCCAUUGCCUGAGAACAAUGAGAACUGCGAUAUAGAAUUUAACCAACGUUGUCUUUGA